AGCUCAAACAGUCCUCCCUCCUCGGCCUCCCAGAGUGCUAGGAUUACAGGCAUGAGCCAUGGCACCCAGCUGUCAGAACUCAAAAUCUCUGAGAUUCUCAGUUAAAUUUUGAGGCCAGUUAAAUUUGCAGUUGUCCUGAAACUUUUGCUCAAAAUUAAUCCUACCUAUUUUAUUCAGGGUUUUUGCUUAUUGCAACUAGUUUUUCUCUGUCCACAGCUAUUCUGCAUAAUGCUAUGUAAUGUUUUGUUGAAUCCUUAACACUUUCAUUCCACCUUCCCUACUUGUAGUUUGUGCUUUCUACUGCUUGAGGUUCCUGUGUGGAUUUGAUUUACCACAUUCCAGGACCUCAUUGCAAGUGGUUCUGUUCCCCAGUUUUAUGAUGUUCACAGAAGCAGGUAAGUGACUGCUGGGGUCAGAUGUAAGCAGAAAACCAGAUCUUGCAGUCAUGUAAGACCACUGCCCUAUCAACUUCUGACAGGAGCUGGAAUGUGGAAUUGAAUUCCCUACAUCAGCAUCCAUUACAAGAAGGAAUGAGAGAAUGGUUGAGUUGAUUCUUUUCUCUUUUCUUUUCCUAGAAAUAGUAUGCAUUUUUAGUCAUUAACUAAAAUUUUGGUCUUGCUUAUUUUAAUAUUCCAGAAGUAUUUAUUCCUCUUUUGAAAUAAACAGAUAGAGUGCCCCUGAUGACACUCACUGAGAGAGUACUUUGCUGUCCUUUCAGGGAAAGUGAAUUUUACAAGUUAAUUCUGCAUGUUUUCCCUACAUUUGAUUUUCUUCUGUUACCAUUAAAUGACCAUUUUUUUCUCCUUUCUUGGGUGUUAUAUUUGUACUGGACGUUGUUGAGUUCUGUUUGAACAGUGUUUGUCAUGCUAAAAAAGGACAUUGGGCUUGAGUCAACUCAUCCUGGGUCUAGAUUUACAUACAGGACUCCAGGGGUUCCUGUUCUCUGGGCUGAUGUCUACCCUUUCCAGCCAAAUACUGACUUCAUUAAAUCCCCAGGGUUUUUUCCUAAAGUUGUAAACUGAGAACAGAAAUGUGCUUUGAGUGAGAGAGGUCCAGGAAGCAGUACAUUUCAUUUUCCCUCAGCCUGCCUGGCCUUUAGUGAGUUUGGGAGUGUUGAUAGAGUCCUGAGCCGUCUUGGCGGAGAAUGAGGGUUAGAAAGAGAGAAGUCCCCAGGCAAGGGGCCAGGUCCCUACUUGCCUAAUGAAGGAGAAUUCAGCCUUGUCUAUCUGGUUGGCAGGGCACACUUAAUCGCUGAGAUCCAGCAUUUCAGCAGUUUGCAGAGGAAAGUGAUAUGAAGGGACAGCUGCAAGUAACCCACAACCUACAUUUGAGGAGAUCAAGCACUUACUUCACUUGGAGGAAAGAGAGAAGGAAGGAAGCUGAGGGCUUAGCAGGUCUCCAGGUAUCACUAGACAGGCCAUGGCUCCACGGUCCCGGCGACGAAGGCACAAGAAACUCCCCUCAUCUGUGGCUCCUGUGCUUGUGACCCCACCCACAGUUGUUACCCCUGUGCCACAGACCCCCUCAAAACCCAGCCCUAGCAUUGAUGCACUUGGCUUCUUAUCCUUGGAGAAUAAUGUUCCUGGCCUAUCCCAGCUGAUCCUUCAAAAGCUGAAUAUGAAAAGCUAUGAAGAAUACAAGCUGGUGGUAGAUGGGGGUAUCCCAGUAUCAGGAUUUGGAUUUCGAUGCCCUCAAGAAAUGUUCCAGAGGAUGGAGGACACAUUCCGGUUCUGUGCUCACUGUAGAGCACUCCCUAGUGGCCUGUCAGACUCCAAGGUCCUCCGGCACUGCAAAAGGUGCAGAAAUGUCUAUUACUGUGGUCCAGAGUGCCAGAAGUCGGACUGGCCAGCACACAGGAGGGUUUGUCAAGAGCUUUGUCUUGUGGCUGUGGACCGUCUCAUGGAAUGGCUUCUGGUCACAGGUGAUUUUGUCCUACCCUCAGGACCUUGGCCAUGGCCGGCUGAAGUUGUACAAGACUGGGACACCUGGUUUUCUAUGAAAGGGUCACAGCUAGAUGCUACACUGGAUGCUGUGCUAGGUAGUCAUGCCAUGACCACCCUAUGGGCCAGUGUAGGACGGCCAAGGCCAGACCCAGAUAUCCUGCAGGGAUCUUUGAAGCGGCUGUUGACAGAUGCCCUGUCAAGGCCCUUGACAAUGGGCCUAGGGCUUAGGGCAUUGGGGAUAGAUGUUAGGAAGACUGGGGGAAGCACAGUACAUGUGAUUGGUGCUUCCCAUGUGGAGACAUUUCUUGCUCGUCCUGGGGACUAUGAUGAGCUUGGCUACAUGUUUCCUGGACACCUUGGACUCCGUGUGAUCAUGGUGGGUGUAGAUGUGGCUACUGGCUUUUCACAGAGCACCUCAACUUCACCCCUGGAACCUGGCACAAUUCAGCUUAGUGGCCACAGGGACCUCUAUCAUGACUUCUGGGAGGAGCAGGUAGAGACUGGGCAGAUAGCCCAUCCAGAUUUGGCAGUGGCAUUCCAUCCAGGUUUCCAUUCCUCCCCAGACUUGAUGGAAGCUUGGCUGCCCACCCUGCUGCUACUUCGUGACUACAAGAUCCCUACAUUGAUUACUGUUUACAGCCAUCAGGAAUUGGCAUCCUCUUUGCAGAUUCUGGUGGAACUGGAUACACACAUCACUGCCUAUGGGGCUAAUCCUUUCAUGUCCCUCAAACCUGAACAGGUCUAUUCCAACCCCAACAAGCAGCCAGUAUACUGCAGUGCCUACUAUAUCAUGUUUCUUGGAAGGUCCUGCCAGCUGGAUAAGAGGCAAUUGGAAAAGAAAGUAGAUGGUGGGGUUUAAAUAGAUCUUGACUGGAUGUCUGGAAAAUGAAGAGUUUGUGAUGAAAUUACCGUUAUUGCCAGGUUGUUGCCAGCUUUGAAACCCACUAUAUUCUAAACCUCAUUCACUAUCUGGGUAAAGAUUCUCAGCUGAAUGAGAGUUCCUGUAUUACAUGACUCAUUUCUAAGAGUUUAGCCACAGUAGUUUCUAGAGAUAGGAUUCUAGAUUUAGUGGUUGGCAAGAAGCCCUAAUGUUGGUCUUUCCAGAGUGUAGAGUUCCUACUGGUUUCCUUUGUGAGGAAAUUACACCUUUUGACUGGGACCAGAUAGCACUGAGGAGAAGAAUGAGAACCACCUUGUUCCAUCUGAAAAAGACUUUCUUCUCAUCGAGCAAUUUGGGCUAAAAAAUGGAGGGGUGUUGAUGACUUGAAGUGGUACAAGAAUGGACAAGUCAGGGAAGUCAGAGGCAUGGAGGAGGUUGUAAGGUUUGGCACACUGUCCUAUUUCAUGGCUUUUCUUGAGAGAAAUGUCUCAUUUUCCUAUUUUUUCUUGGAGACUUCUGACCCUAGAGGAGCCCUGGUGUUAUAUUCUCGAUAUCUCAGGGUAUAUCAGACUUUACCUGAAUAUACUUGAGCUAUUUGUUAUCCCCUGUUCUAUAUCACAAUAAACUUGGUUUGGGGCUUCUUAAA